AUGGAAUCACAUCCUGCAAUGCUACUGGACCCCAAAGGGGCCAGAAGACAAACACAGCGCAAUGGUAAUCAUCCCGAUUCUCACUCCCCUUCGCAUGACCUUCCUCCCAUGGAUCCUAUCAUUAUGGCCGGCGAGCCACCAAAAGACCCGCCCGACAAUUCGACAAGUCUUCCUGAUCUCCUUUUGCCUGAACUACCUGGACUUCGUUCGCCUGCUUCUCCGCAAUCUUCAAUGGAUCCCUCAGUAUCGACCGGAAAACUUCCAGCCGAGUCCUGUGAAAUGGCCACUUCUCAGCUUCCUUUGCCACUCGGGUCUGCCAAUACACCUGCCCUGGCUAGUGAACAUGUGCUGCGCUCUCAUCUGAUGGAUCCUGGAGCCUUGGAUACACAGGUCCCUGUUGCUACUGGUUCUGCGGCCAAGGAUGAUGAUCCAAGUGCCAUUGAAACCUCAUCGCCCGAGACUUUUGAUCCUCAUUUGACCUUUUUACCUUCUACGCCGCUGGCUGAUACCAUGGCCAUGUCAGCGGAGUCAACCGAGCCAGUACCGGAUUAUACCCCCCAAGACUCGAUUGACCCAAGUCCUUUGCUUUCGACGGCCAAAACAUUUGCAGAAGAUUCAGAGUCCCCAGGCUUACUUUUGGAAUAUACAGGAAAGCAGCCAAUGGCACCUGCAGGUACCGCAACUGUCACGCCAAUUCGUGAACCAAAACCUCGGACACCGAUCGCUGGCGGCUCUGGGGCUUCAAGUUCGGUCCCAAAGCCAAUCCAAAACAUGGAAUUCCAGUUUACCACCGCCAAUGAUGAUGAGAGCGAGAGUGAUGCUAAGCGCAGCUACCACGAAAUUAGUGAUGACGAAGGCAGUCCCGGCCGACGCAAUAUGAUUGCAGACGUAUAUGGGGCCGAGGAACGCAAGCGACAACUUGUCAAACGAAUCAAAACGAAGAAUGAACAGCCAUCCUCAGCCAGUACGCCAGUCUCAAUUUCCAGUUCUAACGGCAUGGGAAAGUGGAUGAAAGAGGGCGAGCAGAAGCCCAGUACAAGCUCUGCCAUAUCUGAUAUGGUCGAUCUGACAAAAGAGAAUACCAACACGCCCAAGGACGACGACGACGACGAGCUCGUGUGCACGGGCUCGGCUGAUCUCAGCGCCCAGCGUGUCUGCUAUGGUAAGAUCGACGGUGCCAUGGUACAGUCAUUUUCCGUCCCAAAGCCGGCAGACACGUCAUUCGUUAUUGAUGAAAACACCUGGCCGUCGAUCAAAGUGGAACUCCAACGGCCGGCCAACGCACCUCGAGGGAGCACUCAGAUCGACGUAAUUGAUCCCCACGGCCACAAAUUCGGCAAAAUUGAUGCCAAGACGGCACAGGGGCUUUGUCCGCUCCUUGACGAUGCUGUGGUGAGCACUGUUGAAGUCACGGCUCGGUUGAAUAUCCGGAGGAAAUUACCACAUGAGGUCGUUGGGAGUCCUACUUCUGGCUUCUGGCAUGCAACUAUCAAUGUCUAUGGACAACGACAAAGAGCAGACGCUAUUGGAAAGUUUCUUUCCCUCCGCAAUGUCUGGUUGGGUACACCGAACUCUGUUGAAAAUGGAACCCCGACUUUCAACCCCCACGCGGAGGUCAGACGCCAACAAGCUGCCGCUGCCGCUGCCGCUAGCAUAAACCGUGAAAGGAUCGCCCCAACCAUCAGGUACGAAUCUCGGACUGCCGAAGAGGUGAAUGACGCGGUCACGAAAAUGUUCGACCAGCUCAUAAAAGCGGACAUUCCAACCAUGGAACAGCCUGACGGUGUACUCACACCACUGCUUCAUCACCAGAAGCAAGCACUCUGGUUCAUGACAGACAAGGAGCAGCCACGCAAGUUUGGACCCAGAGAAGAAGACAACAACUCCCUAUGGCGAGAGGUGAUUCGUUCGGAUGGCCGAAGGCAAUACAAGGAGAUUAUCAGCGGUAUCACCAUGGAUCAAAAGCCCAAGGAAGCUCUGGGUGGCCUGUUGGCUGAUAUGAUGGGGUUGGGAAAGACACUCAGUAUUCUUUCCUUGAUCACAUCAUCACUUGACCAGGCCAAUGAGUGGACGGAAAUGGCCCCAUCUCCGCAGCUUGUUCGUGAUGUCCCGGGAAUCCGAAACACGCGAACAACCCUUCUUGUGGCCCCUCUGAGUGCGGUGAGCAAUUGGGUCACCCAAAUUCGUGACCAUCUCAAAGAGCGUACUCUUUCCCUCUGUGUCUUCCAUGGCCCGACUCGCACCACUGAUUUGGAUGAGCUUUCCGAAUACGACAUUGUGAUCACCACAUACAGCACCAUUCUCAGCGAGAUUUCUGGGCGAGGUGCUAAGGCUGGAAGAGUCAGUCCUUUGAACCGGAUGAACAUGUUCCGCAUUGUUCUUGAUGAAGCACACACAAUCCGCGAAAGAAAUGCAGCACAAACAAGAGCAAUAAUCAGCCUUAAUGCCAAUCGUCGUUGGUCGGUUACGGGAACGCCCAUACAAAACCGUAUGGACGACCUAUUCUCCGUGACUAAUUUCCUCCAGAUAUAUCCAUAUAGUGAGCGAGGCUCGUUUGCUCAACAUAUCUCAGGGCCUGUGAAGAGUGGCAACCCAUCUUUGACUAACCUUCGUGUGAUUGUUGACUCAUUCACCCUGCGUCGUGUCAAGGACCGAAUUAACUUGCCUCCCCGUGACGAACAAUUCGUGAUAUUGCCCUUCAGCGACAAAGAGAAGCAAUUGCAUGAUUUCUUCCGCAAUGAAUCACAGGGAAUGAUGAACGUCAUUGCUGGCCAAAACAAGGUCAAGAUGGGGGGCAAGAUGUACCAUCACGUCCUGAAAGCAAUGAUGAUUCUCCGACAAGUUAGUGCUCAUGGAAAAGAGCUGCUUGAUACCUCGGAUAGGGAAAGAGCUAAGGGACACUCGGCAAAUGAUGCGAUCGAUUUGGAAGAUGGGGAGUCAGAUGAUACUACUUCGGCUACAGAAAAGCAAGCAUACAGCAUGUUUGACUUGAUGCAACAAGCCCCAGCUCCUCCUCAAUGCCACCAGUGCAGUGAACAACUACAAGAACCACUGACAUCAUCAGGAGAGGUGCGCCCAAAGGAUCCAAUUGCUUUCCUCCUACCUUGUUGGUGUGUGUUCUGCCCAAACUGCUUUUCUGGCUACAAGGAUGCGUUCGAUUCAGCAUUCGAGUCUGGGACCAUAUCUGAGAUUCGGUGCCCGAGCUGCGAUGGCUGGACUACAAUGAACUAUUCUGCCAUAACACCUGAAGGUGUGGCAAGUCAUGAGGCCGGAAAGGAGCGUGAGCGUGAAGCCCGCAAAGUAGGCAAACAUUUCGGCGACUAUGAGGGUCCGCACACCAAGACCAUGGCAUUGAUCAAUUACCUUCAAGAGACGGUUGAGAAAAGCAAAGAGCUGGUUGGGGAGCCACCAAUCAAGAGCGUCGUUUUUUCGGCCUGGACAUCCCAUUUGGACCUGAUUGAAGUGGCUUUGACCAACAACAACCUCAGUGGGUUCACUCGGCUUGAUGGAAGUAUGACUCUCCCAGCGCGCACCCGGGCGCUCGAAGAGUUUGCGAAGAACGACUCCAUCACUAUCCUGCUGGCAACUAUUGGUGCUGGUGGUGUAGGCUUGAAUUUGACUUCUGCGUCACAAGUCUUCAUCAUGGAGCCACAGUACAACCCUGCUGCUGUUGCUCAGGCAGUUGAUCGGGUUCACCGUCUCGGUCAGACUCGACCUGUUCGGAUCAUCCAGCUGAUCAUGAAAGACAGCAUCGAGGUAAAGAUCCUGGAACUUGCUCGAAAGAAGCAACAAGAAGCGGACAUGACCAUGGACCGCAAAAAAUUGGACAAGAGAGAAGCUCAAGAGGCUCGCAUGCGCGAAUAUCGACAACUCUUCAAGGGUUAA